AUGGAGUUCGUCGUCGAGACUCGUCGUCAGCUCCAGUUCGUCGUCGAGACUCGACGUCGUCUCCAUCUCGUCGUCGACUCCAGUUCGUCGUCGAGACUCGUCGUCGUCACCGCCACAGCCCCAACGCCGUCAUCAUCCCCUCCUUUUCGUUGCUCGGAGAUCGUCGCCGCCGCUGCUCAAAGAUGGCCGAUACAGAAGGUUGUCGGCGUUACUGGAGGUCGACAGUUAGACAAGGCUGAGGAAUGCUUAUCACAAGCAAUGGAUCUGAGUGGUUUGUUACUUAUUUAUUCUGCUCUCGGUGAUGCCGAAGGAAUUGCUAAACUUACAUCUCUUGCUAAAGAACAAGGGAAGAACAAUGUGGCCUUCCUUUGUUUAUUUUUGUUAGGAAAAUUCGAUGACUGCCUUCAAUUGUUGGUUGAUAGCAACCGUAUUCCAGAAGCUGCCUUGAUGGCGUGUUCUUAUCUUCCAAGCAAAGUCUCAGAGAUCGUUGCAAUUUGGAAGAAAGAUCUCAUUAAGGUCAAUCCAAAGGCUGCAGAGUCCUUGGCUGAUCCUGAAGAGUACUCAAACUUAUUUGAGGACUGGCAGGUUGCUCUUGCUGUAGAGUCUAAUACCACCCAAAACAGGGAACAAAGCAGGGGUUUAGCAAACACAGAUGAUGAUGAUUUUUCGAACAAUGAUUAUGAGCAAGAGAAAUGGCCAAGGAGGAAAGGAAAGGCAGAGACAUUUUCAAAUUUCGGCUUUGAGGAAAAGGCACGAAGGGUUGAUGCCCAGACAAAAUGGAAGUAUGUGCCUGAAACAGAUGCUAACAGCUUGCAUUCUGAUGAUGAUCUGAAUGCACUUUUAAAGGAAGAGGAAGAGCUGGUAAUUGCGCACCGUAAACAAGUUGAAGAUACGAUAAAUACUGUUAGGGAGGUAAGUGAAAUUAAGUUAUUAUUGAAAUUCUGUCUAGAUGAGUAUGACUUUCCAAGUUAAAUCACUUCUAAAGCUAACAAGUGAUCUCUGGGAGGCUGCUGUGGGAAAGAAUUUAAGUUGCAUUGGGUUCAGUUUAUCAUUUGACCCUUCUAGUUUGCUAUGGGUAAUAAUUUGUUUGAACUUUUUGUUUGUUUCUAUAUUUAUCAAGUAUGACGAUGAAAUAUUGGCAACACUGUUAUAACUGAUUACACCGAUAAACAGAUCUCGUUUGUUUUUUU